AUGUACGGGGAGAAGACAGCGGAAAUUGCCUGUAAUUUUAAGAAGCUUGGACCCCUGUUUAUCAUUCCAUCAGUGACUUUCACGGCAUGUUCCAAAUUUGCUUUGAAUCAGCUUAAACCUCAAUUGUUCAUGACUGACUGCUGUUGUGGUCGGUUUUAUUGUGACACGUUUGUCUCAGUGCCUUUUGGCCCAGCGAGGUGUUCGUGGUGCCAUGCUGGGGGAUGGUUGUCGUGGCUGGGGUACAGCGUGCAGUACCGAUUGCUCUGGCAACGCUUUGGGGAUCGACCCGACAGACGCCAGGUAAAUUAUGUAUCAGAGAGACACUGCAGUGGGGUG